CGCUGUAAUUUGGACACCAGUACGAUUUCAGUGACGACUCGCACCUAUGUCCCGUCACUGCCAUAAUCUCUCUCCCCUCUAGGCCAGCGUCAGCUUUGUAACGUCUUUCUUUCUUUGAAAUAUUCCAUGCGCAGUAAUAUGGAAUGUUAUCAUAGAAUGUUAUGAGGACAACUUGAAGGGUUGUGCUGGAUUUUACAACGGCAUGGAACGCGAUUUAGCCAAUCACAAUCAAGGAUUGGGACAAUCAGUUUUAGAAUCAGAAAUUAAACACGGACAUAACACAGACCUUACAGUCAUGACAGUUGGAGGGGUUACCCCGAGGACAGCUGAUUACAUUAGAACAUUGACUCCAUGAGAACUGCCUCGAAAUCUAUUGUUUCAUUCAGGAGAUUGCAAUGACAUUUCAUAGAAACAACCUUCGGGGCUCCGAUACAAUACCCUAGACUAGAGUACCCAAUACUUGGACUCCCCAGAGUCCCUAGAAACACCCCUGGGUAAGAGGGGAACACAGCUGGCCACUAAUGUGUCUCUCCCAGCACCCACUUCGGCCAAUUACGGUCCGACAGAUUCUAGGGAGGGCCUUUGGACGUGAAUCAGGCUAACUUAGUACUUGAGUCUAUCAGUACCGACUGAAAUCUACUCUUCGUGACUAAUGCCAGCCAAACCAGCCGGUUGGAGUUUUAACUGAAUGCUAACGUUAGCAACACAGUGAUUGGACAACAACCGACGGUGACGUGAACAAUACUGCAAUUUGGCCGACAACCAUCGCUGUUCAUCCAGGUUGCAGAACCAUGGAUUCAGCUGAGUGCACUACUGAAGGUCAGUCUGGAUCUGGGGAGCCGUCGCAUAACUCCUUCGGUGGUCACGGAGUGGAUGCUACGAACCUCUACCGGCUUCGCCGGUUUUUGUGUUAUGGGUCGGAGGGGGCUACAUAUAACACCAGGGAGCCAUCACUCGGCAUGGAAUGCGCGUUGACCUUAAUCCAGCUCUUGGAAGAUGGCAAGGGUUGUGAGGUUGUGGAGGAAAUACGCAGGUUUGCACAGGACGGGAGAGCUGUCCGCUCAAACCCUGCCCUGUUCGCGUUGGCCGUCUGCUCACAGCACUCGGACGCAAAGACGAAGCAGGCGGCCUUCCGGGCCUUGAAGGACCUAUGUCACGUCCCAAGCCACCUGUUCUCGUUCAUUCAGUUCAAGAAGGAAUUGAAAGACGGAAUGAAGUGUGGAAUGUGGGGUCGUGGCCUGCGUAAAGCUGUGUCAGAUUGGUACAACAACCAGGACCCAAUAGUUCUUGUUCAGGCAGUGACCAAAUGCAAACAUAGGGCAGGUUGGUCACACCAGGAUCUCCUGAGACUCUCACAUAUGAAGCCAGCCAAUGAAGCUAUUGCGCUGAUUAAUAAGUACAUAACUAAAGGGUGGAAAGAGGUUCAGGUGGCAUAUGCUGACAAAGAAAACUCUGAGGAUGUUGUCAAAGUCUUGACAUACCUAGAGGCUGUGGAGAAGGCCAAGCACUCAACUGACGAGGUAGAGGUGAUUCAUCUGAUUGAGGAGCAUAGGCUGGAGCGGGAACAGAUCCUCACAAACCAUCUGAAGUCCAAAGAGAUAUGGAGAGCUUUGUUGAAAGACAUGCCACUGGCUGCACUAUUCCGGCAUUUGGGAAAGAUGGCCGCUGACAAGGUUCUUGCCCCAGGAAGUGCAGAUGUUGCAGCAGUUUGUGAGAGGAUUCGGAAUGAAACUGCUCUGAAAAAGUCAAAGUUGCAUCCAUUCAACAUCUUGCUGGCAACAGAAAACUACAAGAGAGGUCACGGCAACAAAAGUAAACUUAAGUGGGAGCCAGAUGGACACAUAAUUCAAGCUCUGGACUUUGCCUUUUACCAGUGUUUUAAGAACGUGGAGCCCACAGGGAAGCGGUUUGUGAUUGGGGUGGACGUGAGCGCAUCGCUGAGCAGCACUGCCCUGGGGAGCUCUGUCAGUGCUGCCACGGCAGCUGCCGUCAUGAGCAUGGUUAUCACACGGACAGAGAACGAUGCUCAGGUUUUGGUGUUCUCUGAGGGAAAUGUCACUCCCAUCGUCCUCUCUGCUGAUAUGUCUGUUAUGCAGGUUACGGCAGAACUGGUCAAGAUCCCUGAUGGAAGCACAGACUGCGCACUGCCCAUCCUUUGGGCCUCAGAGAGCGAGAGACAUGUGGAUGUGUUCCUCAUCUUAACCAACAAUGAGACCUGGUUUGGAAAGGCCAAUCCUACGGAAGCUCUAAAGAUGUACAGACAAAAAAUGGGCGUCUUUUCAAAGUUAGUUGUGUGUGGAAUGACGACCACGGGUCUCUCGGUGGCCGACCCAGAUGACCGGGACAUGCUGGACCUCUGUGGCUUUGACUCCAGGGCGGUGGAUGUCAUCCAUAACUUUGUUCUGGAUCUCAUAUGAGAGAACUGUGUCUGUACCUCAGUAUGACCCUGAGAACCGACAGAAAGAAACUUGGACUGUUCUCACACUGGACUGAUGUACCCAACAAAGCACAACCUCCUUGGACUAAACAAAGCAACUCCUAAAUUCCCAGUGACGGUCUCUUGCUUGUGACAUUUUAUCUGGGUCAUAUUUUCUCAUCUAGCAGGCUGGAUGAAUUUUCAAUUAACAAAAAAAAAAAAAAAAAAAAAAUGAAUUUGAUGUUGAAGAUCAAUUUCACAAGAUUUUACUCUGGUUCAUAGGUUUGACAGGUGACAUAUCACAAAUACUCACAUAUUUUUGUAAUGAGGUAACACAAUGUUACUGAAACUCUGGAACUUGUAAGGUUUAAAGGUCACUGACAGACUGCAUAGUAAUGUGGUAUGUUAUUGGAUGUUUAAUGCUGGCCUAAACACUUACCCUUUAGUCUUUUGCCCGAUCUUAGAAAAAGAAAAUUGUGAUCGGUUUUGGAAAGAGAAGACACGUAACUGAAAGAUUUCCAGCACCUGUAAAGUUGGUGUCUUAGUUUGCUGUCUAUUGACCCUGGUGUCAGUGACUAUUCGGUAAAAGUACAUGCAAUAUUGUAAUGCAAUGUAUUUUUUUAAUUGGAGAAGACACUGAAAUCUUGACACAGCAUGAUGACAACAGGUUGUUUCUGUUGGACCUCAUAACAGUCAGCAGUUUUCACAUUUCCACUUAAAACAGAUCAAGUUGAAGUAGCAGUCCAGCAUAAGAUGCACUUACCAUGUACUGGUUUCAUCAAUUGAUAAGCAUGUCAAUGUAUUGUUGCAAAUACAAUAAUGAGGACAUGCAAAGAAAGUAGCAGAAUCUUUUGUAGCGAAACUUUUGACUUCAAAUAACAGCUUUAUUUGUAAGUCAUAGGAUAUUUGCUUAGAAAUGCUCUUGUAUACUUGUAUGCUCUUGUAGCCGUUACUAUAUUUCACCUGCACAUUUCUUCAUCACUGUAUUGCGCAUCUGAAGGUCAAAAUCAAGGUAAUUUUUGUCUGACACUAAUGCUGCUAGAUAAGCUAAUUCUGUAAAGGAAUUAUAAAAACAUUGGUAAUUAUAGUGUAAUAAGAAUAGUAAUGUAACUAAUUUAAACUAUGCUCUUGUAGGAACUCACUACAUUUUUGUUGUAACAGAAACCUGAAUGUACCUUUGUAAUAUUCGUGUUAGUCUUGAGACUUAAUACAAGCUGCUUUAUACAUCUUUAAAUAUUGAACCAAUAAAUGUUGUUUAUACUAAAGAGUUAUUAUA